AUCGAAUCCUCCUUUUGACGUUGUUUACAAAUGGCUUCAUACUGCAAGUUUUAGCAAGAACAUUGAAUUUAAUUGUAAAAUAUUCCAGAUACCCAUAUUUGUAUGGAGUAAUUUUCACACAUUGUCGGCAAAGUUUUUUGUAUGGGAACUGCUCGUAUGCCAGUACAUACAUGCAAGACCUCAAAUGAUGUAAUACACUAUAAAGACGGGCACACUUAAGACCUUAAGCUUGUGGAUUGUAACUGUUUGGUAAAAUAGAUAUUUUUAAACAUGGAUGGCGGAACAAAUGAAGCUGAUCAUUGGCGGGAAGUGGCUGCACAAAAAGAGAAGGAAUGGAAACAGGUUACAGAGCAAAGAAUAAAUGCUCUUGAGCAUGCCUGCCAGGAGAAAGACAAACAACUGACUGAAGAAAGGGAGAAGUUUCAUAAAUUAAAGGAAGAUUUUAAGUAUAACCUCAAGCUGCUGGAACAGAGAGAUCAAGAAUUAGACAGAUAUGAUGCUACUUUCUCUGACAUAAAAGCUCAACUGAACAUGAAGAAUGCAGAGGUCAGUGAGUGUAAGAUACAUGUAGAUGAGUUAAAGACACAAGUCAAUUGUGAGAUCAAAUCACGAGAGGAAUUACAACUUCAUUACCAGUCCAGACUACGUGAAAAACAGGCUGAAAUUGAUUCCUAUAGAAACACAAAAGAUGGUGAAAUUCAGGAAGAAAGAAAAGAGUUUGAAUCAUUCAAGCGUAAACUUCAGCGACAACUCACCCAGCUGGAGGAAGAAAUGGAUGCUCAGAAAAGGGAGCUAACUUUAGGUUUCGAAGAGGCCAUGAGGAAAAGGGAGCAUGAAUUUAGAAUUCAAGCUGAUGAAAUGAGUGCAAAAGUUCUGGAACAUGAGUUAAAGGCUAAGUUACUAAGCAAGGAGCUAGACUUGGUGCGCUCUGCCCAGGAAAAGAACAGUCAAGAGUUUGAGCAUGUUGAAAAUAAUCAUCGUGCUUUAGAGAAAAAACUGAAAGAAAAAGACUGGGAGUUACAGGACAUGAGAGCUAUGAAAGAUGCAAAUAUCUCUGACCUUGAAAACCAAGUACAACAAACUGAAUCUGCAAUGAAACGAUUACAGGAAGAUUUUGAGAGGAAACAUUCAGAAAUGGACAAAUAUUGCCGAGAAAAAGAAGCAGCUCUCUCAACAGCUAAAGAAGCAAUAGCAGACAGGGAGAGUGAGUUACAGAAAGAGAUUAGAGACCUCACUUCUAAAUUAGAGGAUGCUAAUGUAGAGAUCAGAAAAUUACAGUGGGCAAGACAAGACUUAGAGAAGGAGAAAAAUUCAUACAUUGAAAAACUUCAAGCUCAGUCGCAGGAGUUGAAGGAUAAAUGGGACAAACAGAUAGUACAGGUGUCGAGGAACCAGGUGGGUAAGGAUAUAGAGCUACAGAACAUGAGAGAGACCGAGGAAAAAUUGAGAUUAGAAAUCAUUCAAAAGAAGGAAGAUAUAGAAAGAUAUAAGAAGGAAUUAAGCUGUUCAGUGGAGAGAGAAGCUUCACUAGAGCGGAGUAAAGCUCAGAUGGAACUUGACUGGCAGAGGAGGUACGAAGAUUUAGAACGUCAGCAGUAUGAAAGGUCGGAGGAUCUGGUGAAAAAAUUAACAAGAGCCAGGGAUGAGGCACAAGCUACAGUAAAGGAGAAACAGAGAGAAUUACAACAGAGAGAUGCUAUCAUAAAGGUGUUAAAGACAGAUAGACAACAAGCAUUUGAAACUUUAAAAAGGCAUGGUAUCCAAGUAGAUAAAAACAUCAAAAUUGAUAUAGAAGAAAUGUCAAUGGCAACAGAUGAAGAGAUGCAACAACUGCGUGAACAAAAUGAAAACUUAAAGAUGGUUAUACGUGAGAUGAGAAGUCAAAUGGAACAGUUAGGACAUGAUAUACCUGUUAGUAAUGUAGAGAUAGAGAAGGAUAAAGGCUGUUCUGAAGAUUAUGUAUCAGGCCUUGAGAAGGAAUGUAGAAAUUUGAGGAAAAGAAAUCGAGAGUUAGAGCAGGAUGCUGACGUAUCUCGUAGAUUUGGUCGUGCAGCGCCACCUGUCCAAGGAAAUGAAGAAGAGGUUUUGACAGAAGUAAAAGAUAACAUGCUUGUGAAAAACCAUAUACAGUCUUUGAAUGAAAUAAUUGGUGGGUUACGUGGGGAGAAGGUGGAUCUUUCUGCUCAGCUCAAGAAACAACAAGCACAUGUUCUGUUUCAAGAAAAAAAUAUAGAAAACAUUAAAAAACAGCAAAGAGAGAAGCAAGUUGAGCUGGAGCAGUUACAGUAUGAGUUAGGUGCUGCAUCUCGUAGGUCACAGACAGAGGUCACCAGUCUACGUCAGAAAGUCUCAGAACUAGAACUUCAGUUGCUAGAAACAAGAAAAGAGGCGGACGAAUAUUAUCGUAGUAAUCUGGAACGAAACAUGGAAGUUACAUCACUUGGUCAGGAACUUUCUAAUUUAAAGAUUCAACUGGCUGAGAAAAGACCUGGGAUAAAUUUUGGUGCACAAGAAUUGCUAAUUCAACAACUUCAAGAUGAAAUCAUGAGUUUGAAGAAACAAGGCGCUGAGUUUAUGUCCAAUGAGCAUGAUGAUGGAAGACAUGGGCAAAACAAGGGCUCUCAGGUACAAGCUCUGCAACAAAAACUCAGGAAUGCUGCCAGAAAGAUAAUGGAAUUAGCAAAAGAAAAACAACAGUUAAUUGAGAUGGGCAACAAACUGAGAUCUGAACUGAAAAAUUCUGGCAUUGAUAAGCCUGCAAAAUUAUCAAGUAAUAAGCAACCACUGCGGAUUUUACAACCACCAAUCAGGGAGGAGGAUUCUGAUCACAUGACAUCAUCUCAGCCACUGUCUGAGCAGUAUUCAAAUAAACUGAGUCAGUUAGAGAAACUACAAUAUCAGCUUACAAGACAGGAAUUACAGUAUGCUCAGAAGUUUCAAGGUAAAACGGAUGAGUACAGACCUUCAUCUAUUCUCAAGAAAUCAUCUGCUGUUAGAGAUUCUAUGGACACAGAGAUAGAUGUUCGAGCGAGUAUGAAUACAGAAGGUGGAGAGACUGUUGCCUCUAUGCGCAGUGUGCCAGACACUGUCAGGUCUCAGUUAAUGAUGAGUAUGUCCUCAAUGGGUGGAGAGUCACUACAGGAGGUGUGGAAAAUGUUGGAGGAUGGCAGACCAUCACCCACCCCUAGAUUAUCUAGUCCUCAGAGGAGAUCUACUCAAGAUGAGAACUAUGACUCAAACGAGUAUACCAAGGAGAGUUUAUACCUUUCUGGGAAACAUACAGGUUAUCAGAGACCAAAAUCUGAAAAGAAAUUAUCAGAAAAGGCUUCUGGAAAAGUGUUUAAAAAAGUUCAACAUAAACAACCUACAGUUAGAAAUUAUAAUAUAAAAGAUGAUAGAUCAUCUAGAUAGCAUAGUGUUUAAUUAAUUUUAAACCUUCUGAUAAUACACAUUCUUGUCAGUCUUUACCUUAAAUUGAAGACAUACAUAUUAAUAUACACAUUCAAAAAACGUACCGUAGCAAAAGUCAGUAUUGGGAUUUAGUGCCUUUAAUUAGUUUGAAAGUUUGAAAAUAUAUAAUCUGAAACUGAUUUAAUCUUAACUAUGGAGAGUAUAUAUGUUCAGUAGAAUGAUGAAAUAGUUGUCAUGGUUCACAUCAUGAUAUAGAUGAGAUUGUGAUGAUUUACCUGUUGCAAUGACAUGAAUAUCGAAGUGCAUAUCAAACAGGAGAAAUGCCAUUAUAGAACUAAUGAUUUUGAACAUGCAUUUUACAGCAGGAAUCGUAGUAAAGAAAAAGGAAUUGGUGAUGUUGACUGGAUGGAAACUGAGAAAUGGAGAACUGUCAGAAUAUAUGAUAUCAAGGAAGAUGUCAGAAUUUUUAUUUAUUGUAGAGAAAUGUGACAUUUCUCAUUUAUCUGUGAUAUUUAUCUUUUAGACAUAAUAUAUAUAUAUGAAAAUUA